AUGCUCCGCGGCAUACACAUUUGGAUUGAGAGCUCUUCGUGUCAAACCAAGAUGUCACUGCACCGUCUCUUCCAUCUCUCCACGCUGCUGCGUUCUGCCGUCAGCCUCACUCUGCGCAGAAACCUGGGCCUCUCUGCUGUUGUCUUCAACAAAGCCAAAGCCAUGGACCCAGUGCAGCAGCUGUUCCUUGACAAGAUCCGCGACUACAACACCAAGAGCAAAGCGACUGGAGGUCUGGUGGACGCCGGACCCUCGUUCCAGAAGUCCAUGACUGAGGAAGUGUCCAAACUGCAGCGGCUCUACGGCGGCGGGGACUUCAACAAGUUCCCAGACUUCAAAUUCACAGAUCCCAAGUUGGAGGAAGUGGCCAAGUGA